AUGGAGCGCGAGCUGGAGGCGCUGGUGGCGCGGCCCGGGGACCCGGCCGAGCCGCCCUUCCAGGCGCUGGUGGAGGCGGCGGGGGGCCGCGGGCAGGUGCUGCUGGUGGGCGAGCUGUGGGAGCGCGAGCAGAGCCGCGCCCUGCUGCGGGACUUCGCCCGCGCCGUGUUCCCGCCCGAGCCCGCCGGGGGCCCUCGGGGCAGCGCGGAGGCCGAAGCCGUGGGCGCGGGCCCGGGCGCGGCGUGCGGGCCGCGGAGGGCCCCGGGGGCGGAGGCGACGCGCGCCAUCCGCUCGCCGCUGGUCUUCGUGCUGUGCCGCGCGGCGUCGCUGGCUGCCCGGGAGCCGCGGCGCCGCCUGCGGGAGAUGCUGCGGGACGUGCGCGGCCGGCGGCGUGCGGGCGCGGCGCUGGUCGGGGUGCUGGUGGCCGAGGCGGGGCCCGAAGACGCGGCGGCGCCGGGGCUGCGGCGGCUGGAGGCGCUGCUGCGCGGCGUGUUCGGCCGCCAGGUCGGGGGCCCGGUGCAGGCGGCCGCCUACUGCCCCGCACGCCCGGCCUCCAGCCUGGCUGCGCAAGCGGCCGCCUGCAGGGCCCUGCAAGCCGCGGGACCCGGACGGCCAGUGGAAGGCUCCUGGGAGAGACCGGGCCUCCCAGGACUGCUGACCUGCUUUUCUUGGGGUCUCCGGAGCCAGAGGAAGGACCAAGAUGCCUCCUGUUCCCGAGACCCAGCUCAGAGGAACUCCCAGGAUGUGGAGGAAGAGCUGGCACUGACUGCCAUGUUUCCCAAUGGAGACUGCGAAGAUCAUGGAAAUGGAUCUAGGGCCCAGGAGAGCAUCGUCCAUCUUCCUCCUAAGCCCACAGGAGAUAGGAGAUGAAGGCUGAACCCUUGGGCUGUCCCUGGCUCUGAUCUCAGCCUGGAAUCUGGCCCUUCUUACUGAGCCCAUGUCUACACAUGGACCUCACCUGCUGGGAGCUGUCAUUUCACUGUUGCCAGCUAGGCAGUGGGACUUGCUAAGACAAACAGAACCAAUCACAGUGAGACUGAUUUGUCUCUGGACCUUGGUUUCUCUAAACUGGAGACAGUUGGCUUUCUACUUUAAGGCUGUGCUCUGGUGGCAGGUGUUCAAGGGUAAAGCUGGGUCAGAAGUCAUCAGAUCUAGCCAGGUGCCAGUGCCUCACACCUGUAAUCCUAGCUACUUAGGAAGCUGAGGAAUACAGUUCAAAGCCAAGCCCAGUCAGGAAAGUCUGUGAGAUUCUUAAUCUCUAGUUCACCAACAAAUGGCUAGAAGUAACGCUGUGGCUCAAGUGGUAGAGUGGUAACCUUGAGCGCAAAAGUGCAGAGACAGUACCAGGCCAGGUUCAAGCCCUAGAAUUAGUACAAAAAAACAAACAAAUGAAAAAACCCUUCAUCAGAUCUAUGCCUUUGGACUUGUCUUUCAACCUCUGAGGCUUCUGUUUCCAAGAUGAUUGAAGGCCGGCUAGGCCAGCAGCUUUCAACAAGUGACCAGGCAACGUGUGAGUCCACGAGCGCAUGUCGGGGAUCAUUGUGACUUGUGGGGCACCCCGGGCAUUUCGUGGGCAUCUCACGAUGUUCAGGACAGUCCAACAGCAAAGAACUGGUUUGCUCAAGAAACUGGAGGGGCUAAUCCCGUCUCUCUGUCAUUCUAGGAAGAGUCACCUCCAAGCUUCCUGGGGCCUUGGCUGUCAGCACAAGCCAAAAUAAAGAACUCAGUGUGAGCGUG